AUGAACUGCUCCAACCUCCAAUUCCUUAAGUUGGGUUUCAAUAAUCUAGUCGGCAAGAUCCCAAAUGAAAUCGGGCGUCUCUUUAGAUUACAAGAACUAUAUCUUUAUAACAACUCUUUCACCGGAAACAUUCCGGCCACCAUAACGAAUUGCUCCAACCUCCAAGUCCUUAGCUUGGGUAGCAAUAAUCUGGUCGGCAAGAUCCCAGAUGGGAUUGGUUCAUUGUCCAUGCUAAACACACUCGACCUUCAUAACAACUCUUUCACGGGAAACAUUCUAUCCACCAUAACGAAUUGCUCCAACCUCCAAGAACUUGACUUGGGUCUCAAUAAUCUGGUCGGCCAGAUCCCAGAUGGGAUUGGUUCAUUGUCCAUGCUAAACAAACUCGCUCUUCAUGACAACAAUCUACAAGGCGAUAUUCCUCCAGAAAUCGGGCGUCUCUUUAGAUUACAAGGACUAUGGCUUUAUAACAACUCUUUCACGGGAAACAUUCAGGCCACCAUAACGAAUUGCUCCAACCUCCAAGUCCUUAGCUUGGGUAGCAAUAAUCUGGUUGGCAAGAUCCCAGAUGGGAUUGGUUCAUUGUCCAUGCUAAGCUUCCUCGCCCUUUCCAGCAACAUUCUACAAGGCGGAAUUCCAAAUGAAAUCGGGCGUCUCUUUAGAUUACAAGAACUAUAUCUUUAUAACAACUCUUUCACGGGGAACAUUCCGGCCACCAUAACGAAUUGCUCCAACCUCCAUUUCCUUGAGUUGGGUAACAAUAAUCUGGUUGGCAAGAUCCCAGAUGGGAUUGGUUCAUUGUCCAUGUUAAAUGUACUCGCCCUUCCUGGCAACAUUCUACAUGGCGGAAUUCCAGCGGCUUUAAUGAAUUGCUCCAACCUCCAAGUCCUUAACUUGGAUUCAAAUAAUUUUUGGGGAAUUUUACCUUCUCUCACAAAUGGUUCAUCUUCAAUAUCAUUGGAACUAUCAAAUAAUCAUUUUGUGGGAUCAUUACAUAAUUUGAUUUGUUCCAACAAUGUGAACAGGAUCACAUAUGUUGGUUUGGGAUAUAAUCUGUUGUCGGGUAUUAUUCCAGAUUGUUGGGAGAAGUGGCCGAGCUUGGUAAUCUUAUAUUUAAAGGCUAAUGAUUUGUCCGGUGAGAUUCCAAGAACAUUGGGGUCUGUACCUUCAUUGCAAAUUUUAGACAUAAGUUUGAACAAACUUUCAGGAAGAUUACCUUCUUCCCUAAUAAAUUUGUCAUGCUUAAAGGUCCUUCAACUUGAAAAAAAUAAUCUUGCAGGAAUCAUUCCACCAUGGAUUGGAAUAAAACUCACUAUGUUGAAAAUUCUCAAUCUUAGAGCCAACAAUUUUUAUGGAAAUACUCCUGACCAUCUCUGUUAUCUUUCACAUGUUCAAAUCUUAGAUCUCGCUCAUAAUAAUCUCUCAGGAAAUAUUCCUAGAUGCUUCAACAACUUUAGUGUGUUUUCUGGCAAAGAAACUAAUUUAGACGUUCAAGUAUCAAUCAAUUUUGACAUUGGUAUUUAUAUUGUUUCUGAUUUAUCGGUGAUGAAGGGACGAGAAGACACUUAUAGAUCUAUCCUAGGACUAGUCACGCUUUUGGACCUUUCGAGCAACAAUUUGUCUGGGCAGAUCCCUAGUGAGCUCACAACCCUCCACAAGUUAAAAUCAUUGAAUUUAUCAAGAAAUCAAUUGACAGGAAAGAUCCCAAAUAAGAUAGGAAACAUGAAAUCACUUGAGUCUGUUGAUUUAUCAGUAAACAAUCUUUCUGGGGAACUUCCUAUGAGUUUGUCAGAGUUGAAUUUCUUGAGUAGCUUUAACAUGUCCUACAACAAUUUGACAGGAAGAAUUCCAACAGGAACACAAAUUCAAAGCCUCAAUGAGUCUAGUUUCAUUGGAAACAAACUUUGUGGAGCUCCACUAACUGAUGAUUGUGUACAUGUUGACAAACCUGAUACAACAAGCGACCAAAAAGAAGACGGUGGAUCACACAAAGUAGAUUGGGGGUUUAUUUAUUAG